AUGUAUUCGAAUAGUAAUCAGACGCGAGGCUCCGAUCGAAGGGAAGAAAAACCACCUUACUCUAGAAUUUUCGUUGUUUGCAAUAAACAACUACGAGAGGACGACUUGAGAGCGAGAUUUGAGCGUUUUGGUAAUAUCGAAGACUUGUAUAUGCCCAGAGAUCGUAAGACUGGUGAGUCUAAAGGCGUCGCUUACAUAAAAUACAGUAAAACCUCAUCGGCGGCAGCUGCUAUACAAGAGUUACAUAUGAAAAUCUUGAACAACGACAGUAAACCGACUAAAGUUAUGGUAGCAGUAAAUAAAAAUGAAAGUACAGCACAGAGCGAGAAUGAGGAUAGGUAUAAAAGACUGUUUAUUAAAAUACAUAGAGAUGCUACUGAAAAUGAAAUCAGACAUUAUUUUUCAAACUUUGGUCAAGUGGAGUCUGUGUACAUACAACGAGACAAAGUGACAGAAGUUUGUAAAGGUUUUGCGUAUGUUCAGUAUGGACGGUUCUAUGACGCUGCUAAAGCUUUUGAGGAGUGUGACAAAAAGUAUAGGCCAGUAUUUGCUACUCCUCGAGAUGGUUUAAAACGUAGUCGAAAUAGUUUAGACUUUGAUAAUGUUAGCAUGAACUUCCCACCAUCUAAAAAUAUGCUUAACACACACACAGAUCAUUAUAGCUCAUCCAAUAACGAUAAAAUUGAAUUGAAAAGUGCACUGACACCUGGUUUAAAUGACUUUAAUGCUAUAACAGUAACAUGCAGUCCACAACUACCACAGGUAUAUAUCGAAAAUCUGUUCAACAUUGUGCCCGGAAUGAUUAAUUUUCAAUACUCAUUGGACACAUAUAAUGGAAUCUCCAAAGCUCUGAUUACUUACGAAGAACCUAAAUAUGCAGCAUACGCUGUACAGAAAUUGAACAAUUUUGAAUUUCCAUCUGGUGAACUACUGUCUGUGAAGCCAGAUAAGAAUCCUUUGAUAAGGGCAGCUAGUGAUUUGACAAACAUAGUUAAUAAUUUCAAACAGGCUGUGGACUCUGGAACACCAGAUUUGAGACAAUUGGCCGAUGCUAUAGCAAAAGCAUCAUCUUUAAUUAGCGCUGCAACUACAGGUCAAAUUGAUGCAAGAGAAUUAAGAGACACUAGCUACUGUAGUGUUAAUUUACCACCUCCUAAGCCUAUGGUAGAUAGCAAUAGCAGAGUUGCUCAAAGGUUAUUUAUUAUCUGUAAGCCUCAACCUCCCCCACCAUCAGUAUUACAAGAUCUAUUUUGCCGCUUUGGAGAUCUCAUUAAUGUGUCCACUAUACCGAAUAAAACCUUUGGCUUUGUUAAAUAUGCAUCAGCGAGCAGCGCACAGGAUGCAAUGAGGACAUUACAUGGGGCUGUUGUUACUGGUAUAAAGUUAAAGGUUCUAGAAGCCGACGAAAAACCCUCCUCUGAUGGUCUUGAGGCCAUUAAAGGAGAUCAUAGAGAGAAUUCUGACUAUGAUAUGGACAGCAAAAGAAUGAGACUUGAUGACGAAGACUAAUAUAAAGCAGGAGUGUAAUUUAUUACUUGACAUCAACUUUUUUAUCCUAUUGUGUUGCAUGUAGUGGUUGAUCUACUAUGACAACAACUUAAACAGUUGGACUUGACUUAAGAAUGAUAUUAAAAAAUAAUUAAAAACAGAUUUAUUAAAAGGAACUUGUGAUUAUAUAUUGUU